AAGUUCCUUGCGGACUACGUAAUUCUGAGGCUUCUGUCUUACUCCCCUGCACUUUCUCUAUAAAUCUAGGCUUCUUGUCUGAAGAGUUUUUAAUAACAGCCUUGAGGCUUAUAGCAGUAUUAGAGGAGAUAACAUACCUAGGGACUCUUGAAGCUUUUGCUUAUAUAUAGGAGGAUACUAGCUAUUUGUGUCUGUCAAUCUGUGUUGUGCAUCUUUUGCAGUGCCUGACAGGUCAUGUGUUAUAGCUUCCUCUAAAAGAAAUCUGCGCCCUUCAGGUGUUUCUCAGCACACGUAUGUUGUUAAAGCUUCUGAACAUCAUUCAAUAAAUACCCUGCCCACCCAUUCCCCAUAGCUUUUGUUCUGACAACUGAAACAGAUACAGAUACAGAUACAGAUACAGGACCUGUUUGUUAGAUUGUCUGCGCAGUGCGCAUGGGAGUAGCAUAAAAACUUGUUCUGUUUGAUUUUGUCAUUAUUGCCCUCCAGUCCUGUAAAGACUUUGCUCGUGUGGGUGGAAUGGAGUCCAUGAAUGUGAAGAUGAUGAAUAAGAUUAUUGAUGAUGAAAACCUUCCCCCUGGUUUCAGGUUUCAUCCCAUGGAUGAGGAAUUGGUGACCUAUUAUCUUCAUCAGAAGGUCCUUGAUAGCAGUUUCGCAUGCAGAGCCAUUGCUGAAGUUGAUCUGAACAAGUGUGAGCCUUGGGAUCUACCAGCCAGGGCAAAAAUGGGGGAAAAGGAGUGGUAUUUCUUCUCUCUGAGGGACAGGAAGUAUCCCACUGGUCUGCGCACUAACAGAGCCACACAGGCUGGAUACUGGAAAGCAACAGGGAAAGACAGAGAGGUUUUCAAAGGAAGAACAUCUAUUCUUGUGGGUAUGAAGAAAACACUGGUUUUUUAUAAAGGCAGAGCACCCAAGGGGGAGAAAAGCAACUGGGUAAUGCAUGAAUACCGCUUGGAGGGCAAGUUCUCCUAUUCCAAUCUCCCCAAGACCGCCAAGGAUGAAUGGGUUGUGACGAGAAUAUUUCAGAAAUCUUGUGGACCAAAGAAGGGCCCGCUUGCCCUGAGCAGAAGUUCAAAUUAUCUAAACGAUUUGGACUCUCCAGCUCUUCCUCCACUAUCGGAAUCGUCACCUUACGUCCCCUCAAAUGGACAGGGAGGAGGCAGCGGUGAGUCAGUGGAGCAGGAGCAGCAUGUGCCCUGCUUCUCCACUCCCAUUGACAAAUCCUCAAACAACUCUCAAUUCAGAAACCCUUCUGAUACGGUAGACUACUCUUUUCUCCACAACAUCAUGCAAAAUGACCCAAUCUACAAUCCCAAUGCUCUAAGGUACAGUUCCCAAGAUUUACACCUAAAUGCCCCCUACCACCAGCUUUCACCAUUUUCCAUGGACCCAAAUCCCCCAAGCUUCCCAAUGGUGUCCCAACUUUUCUCCCAAGGUGGGCUUCCUUCAAGCUCCAUACUGAGGGCCAUCUAUGAAGGUGUUAGCGGCAAUGAAGUGAUGGGCCUAAAGCAAUGCAAGAUGGAGCCACCAUCCUCCUUUGCUCAUGACAGAGCAUGGGAGAUGAAUGCCAAGUAUGUAAGAGUUAACAAUUCUCAGCCUCAGGCCAUGGUAAGCAUGUCACAAGAGACAGGACUCACAUCAGAGAUCAACAACACAGAGAUAUCCUCUGUGGUUUCCAGUCAGCUCAAUCAGCACUACCCAGAAGAUCAGGCCAAUCCUUCAUCAGUUGAUUUCUCAGAUUUGUGGUCACCCUACUGAUUUCAAUCAACUACUCUUAUGUACAUAGCUGUUUGUCUAAACAACUUGUACAUCACUGUAAGUUCAAGCAGCCCAACAAUGCCCCUACAGCUGGUCCAACAUCAGCAUACCCAUUGAAGUAUUCAACUUUACAAGGUUUGCUUCAUCAUUUUGGUUUGAUUGUAUAUGAAAUAUUGUUGAUACAUACAUAGAUAGAUUGAUGGAUGGAUGGAUGGAUGGAUACACAAUAGGUAUAUACCAUAACAUACUUGUUUCCCUCUGUACAUUGUAUACCAUACUUUUUCCACUGCACAUUAAGUUCUGGUGCUCCUCCUGCUUCUUCAUUGGGCCACAUUGACCAAACUCUUGUUUGAUACCAUGCCCAACAUUUUUUUCUGGCCCUGCUAAGAUGAAGAUGACAUCUGAAUUUAAUAUAAAAUUCCUUUAUUAACA